GCAACAACAACCACCACCACCACCACCAUUACCACCAUCACCAGCACCAGCGCCGCCGCAGGUCCUGACCUCUGCCCAGCCUCAAACCCCCGUCAGAGCGCUGGCUUCUACCCUGGCCUGGAGCCUGGCCGCCUCGAGGUUGGACUCGAUGCGGGCCUCCCGGUUGUUGGGCGUCAAAGGGGACUCGGUCGACAGGGCGUCUGGGCCCAACACGGCGACGAGCGAGACCGCGAGACGAGAGACGACAGAAGCCUCCAGCCCCUGGACGGAGGGGCAAGAGCAUGUCGGCCUGACCGACGCCGCCAGACUCAGUUGGGCCCAGCUGAGUCAGGCGCCGGUUGGUCUGUUGGCCGACUGGGCUCUGGCGCUUCUGCUACCGUCUGCUCGACCCCUCCUGUCGGAUGGGAAGAGACCGGUCGAGCAGGACCGAACGAAACAUGUCGAAGGUCCAGACUGGUCGAGUCCGCAGGAUGGAUCGGGUGAGUGA